AUAUGGUCGACGUCGGGAUAGUGUAGAUUAUGUAUAAUGGUAUUUUUGUCCCAUAUGGACCGACUCACAUAGGAGCUAUUCACCAAGACCACACAUAGCAUCUUUCCCUUUGUUUUUGUGCCAACAAGCCAAAAGGAUAAAGUGUUGCGAACAAAAAGUAAAGAGCAGACACAUAUCCAUGUUUACAUAUUAGACAAUUAGGUAGUGCUCAUCAAUCAAUACACAUACACUAGAACUCAAAAUGAAGUUUAAAAAAAAAAUGAAUUUUGUAUUUGAAAAAUGAAGUUUAUACUCGAAAAUACUCAGAGCUGCUUGUAUAUGAUUUUUCUAUUAAAAAUCGUUGUUGAUCACGAAGCUUCGUCACAUAUGGAAUUAUAAAUAUGUAUACCUAAUUAAUAAUCAUUAGUCUUUUUUAUAAGAAAAAUCAUUAAUCUAUCUAAAGUUAAAACAUGUCUUGGUGAAUAAAAGAACAUAAGUUUAGUAACAUAAAAAACCAUAUAAGUCUACAAACAGCUAGCUAAAAGCACUCACAACAACACACACCUCCUAUUCUAUUUGCACAUCAACUUUCUUCUUACACAACUCGGACAAUGAAAAACUCCUCCGCCGUCACAUCACCACUGUCUCUCUCCCUCUUCCUCCUCUUCCUCCUACCGUUUCUAGCUCAAUCCUCCGAUGAUCUGAUCGACACGAUCUGCAAAGCGACACCAUUCUUUGACCUCUGUGAAGCUUCUCUCCGCCCUCUCUCUCCCUCACCUCCCGAUACCAAGUCUAUAGCUUCCGCAAUGGCCAACGUUGUGCUCGGAAACAUGACCGAUACCUUAGGAUAUAUUCAAUCACUCAUCAGACAUUCUCAAGAUCCGGCCGCGGAACGAGCGCUGGCUCAGUGCGCCGAGGUGUACCGGCCGGUGGUCCGGUUCAACAUUCCUCAGGCCAUCGAAGCAAUGGGGCGAGGGGAGUUCGGAUUCGCGAUGUAUGUCCUCGGAGACGCCCAGAAACAGUCUGAUUCUUGUCAGAAAUGGAUCAAUAGUGCCGGCGCCGACGAUGAAAGCUCGGUACCUCUUACGGCUAGAAACAAGCUGGUUAAGAAUCUUUGUGACGUGGAGAUAUCUGUGAUUAAGUCUCUAAUGAAUGGUCGUUAAGAAUCUUUGUGUCUGUUGAAAAUAAUAAUCAUAUAUAUACAUAUAUUUGUAAACAUUGACACGAGCUAAUUUUCUAUUACAAGUUCGGAA